GGAUGGUCCCCAGCUGCCACAGGCUUUUCCAAUAUAAGCUACAUUUGGCAGUUGUGAUACUGACACUAAGUGGGAUUUGGUUUGUAUUAAUUGUUAUAGACUAAAAACCGAAUCAAGUCAGUCCUAAUCAAUUAAAUUUAUUAGAGCAAGCGACAGUAAGCAAACAGGGCGGCCGGGAGCCUUUGCUCCACUGACGGCGCGCAGUUCCCUCUCCCCCCCAUGGUCUUUUAUGCAGUUCUAUUCCAGCUGACGUGUCCUUCCUUGGAGUACUCUGCGUCUGCACGGCCGGUUGCUGGGGGGUCGUAGUCUGUCUUCUGGUGGUCGAAGCAGGGGGGAGGCGCCCGAUUCUUUCUUGCUGGUUCCUUCUAGUCCAGGGAAGAAGUCUCAAAAACCGGUUAAACAACUGCUGGUGUCAGCAUAAGUUAUGCAUACCGUGCUCAGUGAUUUGAAACUAUGUGGUCAAAGUCUACACCCGUCUCACCCCCUGCUAUAAUUCAUUGUUACUUACUAGGAGUUUUAAAGAACAAAGUGCUUAUACUGUAUCACAUUAAUAAUUGCAGUGUGGUACCUAAUCAAGCAAUAGAGAAAACAAACUUGUCCAGAAAUAAAAAGGUUGAAGGAAGGAAAAGUAGGGUGUUUGUUUUCCCAGAACCAGAUGCUGUGUUUUAGUUCAUAGAUACUGCUAAGUUUUAACAUUUUGAUGUAAGAACUGAUUUGCUCCAACACUGAGCCAAGAGUCACCUCAGAGACCAAGUCAGUGAGGUGGGUACUUGCUUUAGUGGGCACCGGGUAGGUGGGGGAUCGCUCCACCUAACACACACACGCAGCACUUUGCACAGCACAAUAUACGGUUACAUUUCAUGCAUAUUCGUGACAUUCCUUGGUUAGGGGUAGUUACAGAAAUCAAUUCUCGGAAUUUCUAUCAUUAGCAUACAUUCUGCACAGGCACAGUGUCCUCUGGUGUUCCCACUGAGGAAGGCUCUGACUCUUCCUCAGGCGUCCUUCUGAUGAAGGCUGGCAGUCUUAUCCCGUCUGCCCUUUUCACCUUUCUUUCCGAAGCAUGCGCACUCCUUUAUUGGCUGGUUCAGCAUUUUCAACAGGCUUUCCUCCUCUUUAUUUUCACAAGGUGUGUUCUGUUUCUAUUAUCAUAAAAUGGUUACAGCACAUAUUCCUUCUUAGGCUUCUGAUUAAUAUUUGCUGACUCUUAAUACUUAACUCAUACAUACCUGAGUUAACUAUUGCUCAACCCCUUUCAGCGCGGGCUCUGCUCCCGGCUCCUGCGGCCCCGAGCCGGGUGCCGAUGGAGCCCCGGCCCGGCUGGGCUGUGCGGUGGGGCGGCACAGCGGCUCCCCGGGCACAGCCGGCCCUGUGCCCCUGCAGAGCCCGGCCCAGCGGCUGCUGGCCGCGCCUCAGGGCUGUGCGGGCAGGGGAGGCCGGCGCUGGCCGCACGCAGCGCCCGGCCGAGGGGCUGAGCCUGCACCAACUGCAGCCCCUGGCGCUCUCCGCAGCUGGCAGAGGACAGGAGCCGAGCGGCCGAGCACGUGCGCCAGGCGCUGCCGUACCUGGACAGCCCGCAGGAGUCCCUGCGACAGGCGGCCAUCAGGUUCCUGGGGAUGGCCGGGCAGCACCUCAGGGGACACAAGCGACAGCUCCGGCGCAUCUGUCAGGCCCUUGAAGACAAGGCAGAGGACAUGAGCCCUGCCAUCAGGAGCCAGGCUCUGGAAACUGCCUUUCUCCUGCGGACAGUAGAGAGAGCUUCGGGCUCUGUCUUGCAGAAGCUACAAGAUCAAUUUUGCAGGGCAUAGAAGAAACAGUCCUGUCUGUGGGGCCAUGGCUGGCUCUUCUGCUGGAGCUCUGAGGAGAGCUGAGAGGCUCUUUGUCAGUUGCAGCCACCUGAGCCAGAGAGGAUUUUUCUUUUCUCUGCAAUUGUUUUUUCCUUCUUUCUUGUUUUUCUUCAGCAUGUAAAUAUAGGAUAUGUUCUAACACCCAGA